ACCGUGGACAACAGAUAAGCUAUCAAGUCGCAAAAUGGCGAUACACGGCACAGCAGUAGUUGCGCUUGUAAUUCUGAUUGCUGCCCCUGUUUCUUCACAAACAAGAAAGAUAUUUAAAAGUAAGCAUAGUAACAAUGAAGUCCCUUUAAAACCAUUAAACAUGAUUUUGUGCAAAUCUAAUGCACUACACAAGGCCCAAGCUGAAAAGGGACCGCACUGACCAAGCACCGCACUGCAUUAGCACCGCCCUGCACAAGGCCCGCACUACACAAAUCCCGCACUGCACAAGGCCCGCACUACACAAGGCCCGCACUACACAAGGCCCGCACUAUACAAGGCCCAAACUGCACAAGGCCUGCACUACACAAGGCCCGCACUGCACAAGGCCCUCACUGCACAAGGCCCGCACUACACAAGGCCCAGCACUGCAAAGGCCUGCACUGCACAAGGCCUGCACCGCACAAGGCCUGCACCGCACAAGGCCUGCACUAAAAAGGCCCGCACUGCACAAGGCCCGUACCACACAAGGCCCGCACUACACAUGGCCCGCAGUACACAAGGCCCACACUGUACAAGGCCGGCACUGCACAAGGCCCACACUGUACAAGGCCCACACUGCACAAGGCCCACACUGCACAAGGCCCGCACUACACAAGGCCUGCACUACACAAGGCCUUCACUGCACAAGGCCCGCACUGCACAAGGCCCGCACUACACAAGGCCUGCACUACACAAGGCCUUCACUGCACAAGGCCUGCACUACACAAGGCCUGCACUACACAAGGCCUGCACUGCACAAGGCCCGCACUACACAAAGCCUGCACUACACAAGGCCUGCACUGCACAAGGCCCGCACUACACAAGGCCUGCACUACACAAGGCCUGCACUGCACAAGGCCUGCACUGCACAAGGCCUGCACUGCACUUACGUUCUCGGUUAUGGCUAAUGAGGGGUUAAGGGGUGGGUGCGCCCAGGGCGCCAUUUAUAUCAGGGUGGCAUUUUUAGUCUGCUUUAUAAACUAUAUUGAUUGAUUUUAAUGGAUUGUCGUUUUCAGUGAUUGAGAACGGCAAGGUGAAGGACGCGCUCUGUGCUUCGUAAUCUCUAGACUUACCUUCUUACGUUUAAAUAGAAUUUUAAUAUAUUCAAUUUAUAUUUUGAUCCAGUUCAUGUUUUAAUGAUUAAAAAAAUGCUUUUAUCCCUACAGAUACAACAUGCACAGAUAAUUGGUUUGGGUCAAGAUGUCAGUACCUGUGUCACUGUAAGACCAGUGGCUGUACAGAUGGACGAUGUCCUGAUGGGUAUGCUAGAGGAUGGUUUGGACCACAAUGCCAGUACCGUAAGUUGGUAAAACCGAUGGCUGUACAAUCAGUUGCUCAAUGAAGUAAUCACUUCAUAUUUGACAAAGCAAAAUUUUGCUUUAUGAUGGAAUAAUAACAUUUUUUAUCUUAAAGAAUGAAAAUAAAAACUAUUUUCAAUUGAUGAAAUAAUAAAAUAAAAGGACCAAGGCCUUGUGGAUAUUUUUUUAAAUAUUUAUCUAAAACAUUUAAAAAUUAGAAUUUAAAAACUAGAAUUCUAAUAGGAUGUGAAAAAUUAUAAAUUGUGAAUGAUUUAUUAAAAUUAUUAGAACGUAGUAAAUAAAUAAUAUCGCUGGUAACAUUGUCUUCAUCAGUUGACAUUGCAAAGAAUGCUACUACGAUGAGUUCAACCAUUAAUGAUGGCGAUGAGAGUACAUGUUACCCUAUGCAACCUGCAGGUGUCUCUUUUACUUGGCGUGACCCUAUCUCAUUCACCUGGAUGAGGCUACAAUUCAAGAAUGCUGGUAAAAUGCAAUUAUAUUGUAACUAAAUAAGCACUUAUAAACCUGCCUGUAACUAAAUAGGCACUUAUAAGUCUGUCUGUAACUAAAUGGGAACUUAUAAGCCUGUUUAUAUUUUAUUAAACCUAUCACGUUUUUGUUGAAUUGUCAAAUAAUUGUUGAUUAACAUCUUUUUCAGUUUCCCCUGCAGCAAUCGAUGUUAAAAUCUACCAAAACACAGAUCACGUGUGUGCCCACCCCACCAAGGCCGUUAUCACCAACAAAACAGUGGACGUGUAUAGUGUGAUGGCCGCAAAAAAAGUGACCCACCUGAACAUUACUUCAGCAGAAGGUUCACAGCUGUGCUCUGUCUACGUUAGUAGGGGUAAGUCUUACAUUGCAUAUCAUAUAUUGAAUUAAAUGAAAAUUAUAAUUUAUACAUCUCAGAGUUCAGGGUUGAGGUCAAAUCUAAGGAACGGGCGUAUCUACUUAAGUAGCGUCGGCAGUUAUUGUGCAAGCUUAAAACCACUUCAGGCAAAUAAAUUAUCGUUUGACCAGGUUUAAAAUCUAUCCCAGCAACCUCCCGAACUUGAGCAUAGUUUAAUGUUGAGUACCGGACAUACUUCGUGUUGGGGCUCAAAGUUGGUCUAGGGGCAGGGGUUUUCAACCCUUUGUAUCAACACUCCUGGUAUCGUUCUUAAAAUACAGAUAGAUUUUAAAUUAUUAGAAGUAAGUUGAACCGCAGAUGUCUUUCAAGAUCACUUUUAAAGAUCUGAUGACGCAGUUUAAUUGGGUCACGAGAACAAAUUUUGUGACACUGCUCCAGAUAACAAUAUCUGCAGACUCACUGCAGCUCACAAAAAAACAACAACAACAAACAACCGAGUUGACAACCAUUCUGCAAAUUUGAAAUAGUAUUUUAAAAAUUGACGAGUCUGUGUAAGUCCGUAAGGACUUUGUGAUGUUUGAUUAAAUAUGAGAUAUGCACAUCUCCGUGUGUUUCUACAUGAUAUAUAUGCACAUUACGGUGUGUUUCAAUAAAAAAAGAGAUAUAUAUACAUCACAAUGUAAUUUAAUAUGAGAGAUAUGCACAUCACAGUUCGUUUAAAUAUGAGAGAGAUGCACAUCACAGUCUAUUUAAAUAUGAUAGAUAUGAUCAUCAAAGUUUAUUUCAAUAGGAUUGAUAUGCACAUCAAAUGGUAUUUCAAAAUGAGAGAUAUGCACAUCACAGUGUGUUUCAAUAUGAGAGAUAUGCAUAUCACAGUUAUCUCCAGUAUUUGAGAUAUGCACAUCACAGUGUGUUUCAAUAUGAGAGAUAUGCACAUCACAGUGUGUUUCAAUAUGAGAGACAUGUACAUCACAGUGUAUUUCAAUAUGAGAGAUAUGCACAUCACAGUGUGUUUCAAUAUGAGAGAUAUGCACAUCACAGUGUGUUUCAAUAUGAGAGAUAUGCACAUCACAGUGUGUUUCAAUAUGAGAGAUAUGCAUAUCACAGUUAUCUCCAGUAUUUGAGAUAUGCACAUCACAGUGUGUUUCAAUAUGAGAGAUAUGCACAUCACAGUGUGUUUCAAUAUGAGAGACAUGUACAUCACAGUGUAUUUCAAUAUGAGAGAUAUGCACAUCACAGUGUGUUUCAAUAUGAGAGAUAUGCACAUCACAGUGUGUUUCAAUAUGAGAGAUAUGCACAUCACAGUGUGUUUCAAUAUGAGAGAUAUGCACAUCACAGUGUGUUUCAAUAUGAGAGAUAUGUACACCACAGUGUGUUUCAAUAUGAGAGAUAUGCACAUCCCAGUGUGUUUCAAUAUGAGAGAUAUGCACAUCACAGUGUGUUUCAAUAUGAGAGAUAUGCAUAUCACAGUUUGCUCCAGUAUUUGAGAUAUGCACAUCACAGUGUGUUUCAAUAUGAGAGAUAUGCAUAUCACAGUUUGCUCCAGUAUUUGAGAUAUGCACAUCACAGUGUGUUUCAAUAUGAGAGAUAUGCACAUCACAGCGUGUUUCAAUAUGAGAGAUAUGCACAUCACAGUGUGUUUCAAUAUGAGAGACAUGUACAUCACAGUGUGUUUCAAUAUGAGAGAUAUGCACAUCACAGUGUGUUUCAAUAUGAGAGAUAUGCACAUCACAGUGUGUUUCAAUAUGAGAGAUAUGCACAUCACAGUGUGUUUCAAUAUGAGAGAUAUGCACAUCACAGUGUGUUUCAAUAUGAGACAAGGCUGCAGUCAGCAAAGGAAAGGAAAACUGUGGUUCUUGAGCAUAUCGUUGCCAGUUGCUCAUCAAUGGCUCUGCAACAUGAUUUCAAAGACUUUUGUGAACACCCACUCUACGGUUUGACCCACCAUCCUCAUUCAUGCAAAUGGUUUGUCCCACUCAGUUUGCCAUCGAGUGAACUACUUUUCCCACAAAGAAAGAAAACCUAUUAAUCUCACUCUUUGCAAUGAACUUUGCUUCUUUGUGUACGUCAGUUCCUCUACGUUUUCAGUCUAUGUAGCUCCUGGCGGGCAGUGCUCGGUGUGGCAUUUGCGUAAUGAAGCAUUGUUCAUUCCAUGCCCGUUCCCAUCAGGGGUCGCUCUUACCCGGUUGUGACAUGUUGCGGCAGAGCUUUCGAGUCGUUUCCCCUACCACCCAGCAGUUGAGCCAUUCUUCGCGAAAUUGAUCUUUGAGUCAGUCUUUGACAGCCAUUUGCGUCAUUGGCCUGGCGUGUUGCGGCUGUGCUGCACUAUUUUGCUCUCUCGUUUUGCGUCUGAUCCACUUGACAAGGGACCCAUUGCAGGAUGACCACGCCGUCAUGUGCGUGUAUGUCGUCUAUUGUUUACAGAAUGUUAGGGAAAUACAAAAAUUGCUUCGAUUUUUACCUCAAAGUUUUCCUUUUUUUCCACCUAGCCCUGAAAUCUCCUUUGGUAGAUUUAACUCCUGACCCCAAAUCCUAGUUACUCCACGAGUACACCAUAACCAGCCCGGUUCUUGUUUGGGAAACAUGAGCCAUGAGUAAAGACUUGAACCACUUGGUCCAUGUAGAUUGCAGAGGCUUGGACAGGGAUCAAUGGAACAUCUAACUCUCCCUAGAUAAAGAGCUCUUAAAAAGAUUGCAUCGGCUCCCCAGUAGUGCAGCCUGGCUCCCCUUUGAUGCAACCUGGCUCCCCAGUAGUGCAGCGUGGCUCCCCAGUGAUGCAACCUGGCUCCCUAGUAGUACAGCAUGGCUUCCCAGUAGUGCAGCCUGGCUCCCCAGUAGUGCAGCCUGGCUCCCCGGUAGUGCAGCAUGGCUCCCUAGUAGUGCAGCAUGGCUCCCCAGUAAUGCAGCCUUGCUCCCCAGUAAUGCAGCCUUUCUCCCCAGUAGGGCAGCAUGGCUCCCCAGUAGUGCAGCCUUUUUACCCAGUAGUGCAGCCUUUUUACCCAGUAGUGCAGCAUGGCUCCCCAGUAGUGAAGCCUUUCUCUCCAGUAAUGCAGCCUGGCUCCCCAGUGAUGCAAUCUAGCUCCCAGUAGUGCAGCCUUUCUCCCCGGUAGUGCAGCAUGGGUCUCUAGUAGUGCAGCAUAGCUCCCAAGUAGUGCAGCAUGGCUCCCCAGUAGUGCAGCCUGGCUCCCCAGUGAUGCAACCUGGCUCCCCAGUAGUGCAGCAUGGCUCCCCAGUAGUGCAGCAUAGCUCCCCAUUAGUGCAGCCUGGCUCCCCGUAGUGCAGUCUGGCUCCCCAGUAGUGCAGCCUGGCUCCCCAGUAGUGCAGCCUUGCUCCCCAGUAGUGCAUGUCAGUUUCUUCACCAGAUUCAGUGUAUACUUAGCUUUGGGACAUCAUUCACAUGUGUAGCUGGAUUCUUCUCCAUUUAUGUUUGGUUCCACUUCCUGCUAAUGAGCUUUGUGAAACAAAGAUUGUUGCCUAUCUAAAUGCCUUUAUAGCGAGCAUUGUACAUUCCGCCCACUAAUUAAUAUGUAUCGCCCCACCUGUUACUUUUGGUCAAUCUCUUGUUGUGUAAAAAAAUUAUUUUAGUGGGGUAAAGAAAUUCGGAAACUUAUUAAACGAAAUAUUCAAAGAAUAAAACAUUUGAUUAUUUUGGCUAAGGACUUUAGUUCAAAGAUGAGAAUUGUUUUAGGAUCGUUGUGGUACUCCGGUGUUCUGUACCACUGUCCUAGUGGGGUGCAUUUGCUAAUUAGUUAUUCGUGGUACUCAGGUGUGCUGUACCACUGUCCUAGUAGGGUGCAUUUGCCAAAUAGUUAUUCGUGGUACUCAGGUGUGCUGUACCACUCUCCUAGUGGGGUGCACUUGUCAAAUAGUUAUUCGUGGUACUCAGGUGUUCUGUACCACUGUCCUAGUGGGGUGCAUUUGCCAAUUAGUUAUUCGUGGUACUCAGGUGUGCUGUACCACUGUCCUAGUGGGGUGCACUUGCCAAAUAGUUAUUCAACCAGCUUCACAGAGCAAACACUGAAGUUAUUUUUUAAAAUGACAAACACUUUAAUACAUUGACUUGGGUAUGAUUUUGAUAGGUAAAAAAAUACAAUUCAGAGUUUACAAGUAUAGUAAUAUUCAUUUUUUAUCAAAGGUGACUCAUGCAACUUUAAUAACGCUACUUUCUCUAAAAGCAUUCAAAAUAUAAUUUACUUCUAAAAAAAAAAAAUAUAAAAAAAUACAACAUUGUAACUCCACAAACAUGUAUUAAUACAUAAUACACGAUCGUGCAUGUGAAUGCAGGAUCUAAAUAAUUGGCGCCGUUACACACAGCAACAAAGUAAAUGUUAACUAGCACAGCGUCUGUGUAUUUUAUCAUUGAUAAUGUGUAGCAAAUAUAUAAAACAAGAAAGGUGGAAAUCUGGCUGACAUUUUGUGUCCAUGAGGACAGCAUUCAUCUUGCUGUCAUCUAGCUUUCCUUUUGCUCCCACCUUGAUGUCCUCUUGUUCUCCUCUUGCUGUCAUCUUGUUCUCCUCUUGCUGUCAUCUUAUUCUCCUCUUGCUGUCAUCUUAUUCUCCUCUUGCUGUCAUCUUAUUCUCCUCUUGCUGUCAUCUUAUUCUCCUCUUGCUGUCAUCUUAUUCUCCUCUUGCUGUCAUCUUAUUCUCCUCUUGCUGUCAUCUUAUUCUCCUCUUGCUGUCAUCUUAUUCUCCUCUUGCUGUCAUCUUAUUCUCCUCUUGCUGUCAUCUUAUUCUCCUCUUGCUGUCAUCUUAUUCUCCUCUUGCUGUCAUCUUAUUCUCCUCUUGCUGUCAUCUUAUUCUCCUCUUGCUGUCAUCUUAUUCUCCUCUUGCUGUCAUCUUAUUCUCCUCUUGCUGUCAUCUUAUUCUCCCCUUGCUGUCCUCUUGUUCUCCUCUUGCUGUCAUCUUAUUCUCCUCUUGGGUACAACAUUUCAGGUAAAUUUUUAUUUUUUUAUAUUUUCAUUACUCUUUCUUUGUACCGUUCCCUGGAGAAGGCUUCUUGCCGACACUUUUGUUGUUAAGGUGUGUCCAUUUUUCAGGUUUCCCGUACCUUAAUUUACACAUUUCCUUGCACCUAACCUUUUUUCAGUCUCUCUUCCCCCCCCCCUCCCCCCAAUCAACCUAUACACUCAUUGAUAUAUAAUAAAACAAUUUAAAUAAACAGUACAUGAUUGCUUUUUUCUAAUCUAAACAAUUUCACAAUAAUUUAUAUUUUCGUAACUUAAUGGAACUUUUGAAUUAAUGUUGCUUGUUUAGGUCGAAACAUUGCUUUGAAACAGAAUACGUCACAGGCAGGAACUUACAGAAACAAAGAUAUACCAGCUUCUAUCUCAAAAUCUAAAAAUGCCGUGGAUGGUGACAGAAAUGCCAACUUUAGUGCAGGCAGCUGUACUCACACUAGAACCACGGAAACUGCCAAUUGGACGUUGAACUUUGCUCUCCCCCACUACGCCGAUACUUACGUCCUAUACAACCGACAGGGUAAGCCUUACAUUUAAAACGAGGGAUUCUUCAAAUUAUUUGACUAUACUUGUACUCAGGGGCGUAGCUGCGUGUGCGGUGGUGAGAAAUGCAUCGGGUGACACCAACCCUGGCUACGCCAAUACUUGCACCAUAUAUAGUAGGAUAUUUUCAACAACGUGUUUGAAAAAUGUUUUAGUAGGAUUAAUCUUUGUUAAGAAGACUCAUCAUGUUUAAUGUUGUAGCAAUGGUAUAUAAAUGGGCAGUAGCGAUGGUAUAUAAAUGGGCAGUAGUGGUGGUAUAUAAAUGGGCAGUAGCGAUGGUAUAUAAAUGGGCAGUAGCGAUGGUAUAUAAAUGGGCAGUAGCGAUGGUAUAUAAAUGGGCAGUAGCGAUGGUAUAUAAAUGGGCAGUAGCGAUGGUAUAUAAAUGGGCAGUAGCGAUUGUAUAUAAAUGGGCAGUAGCGAUGGUAUAUAAAUGGGCAGUAGCGAUAGUAUAUAAAUGGGCAGUAGCGAUGGUAUAUAAAUGGGCAGUAGCAAUAGUAUAUAAAUGUACAGUAGCGAUGGUAUAUAAAUGGGCAGUAGCGAUGGUAUAUAAAUGGGUAGUAGCGUUAUAGAUUCGUGUAUUCAACACAUAAUAAUUGUGUCCGUCAUAUGGCAAACAAUGAUUUUGAUUUAGGUCGAUAUAUUCCGUCAUCGUCUCAACUGUCACAUCUUUUAAAAAAUCUUUUACUCACAAACUCAUACCGAACAAUACCUACCCACUUAUGCCUUUCUACCCCAUUUGGGGAAUAAGUCGUCUACAAGAAUUUUCCAUUCAUCACGGUCCUGUGUUUUCCUUUCCAAUUGCUUCCAGGUGUAUCCCAUAUUUUGCGUGUCUACCUCUAGCUCGCGUCUGCAUGUCUUCUUUGGGCUUCCUCUCUUUCUUUUUCUCUCUUGUUUCCAUGUUAGGCAUUAGCUGGUGGUGAUAUCUGGGGGUUUUCAGAGCGUAUGCCCUAUCCACCUCCAUCUUUUCUUUAUGAUAUCUUCAUCAAUGGGCGCCUGGUAUGUCCUUUCUAGUAGAUCUUUGUUGGUGAUAGUAUUUGGCCAUUUGAUUUUCAGGAUCUUUCUAAGGCAUUUGUUUAAGAAUGUCUGCACUUGCUGUAUAAUGCUCACUGUUGUUUUCCAAGUUUCUGCACAUAAUAGUAGGACUGCUUUGACAUUCGUAUUAAAGAUUCUGACUUUGGUUUGCAGUUUCAGCUCCUUCGAAUUCCAUAUUUUCUUUAAAAGCAAAAACUCUGAUCUAUCUUUUCCAAUUCUGGCCCUUACGUCCGCAUCGGAUCCACCAUUUGUGUAUAUGGUGCUUCCUAAAUAAUUGAAGGAUAUCACUUCUUCCAGUGCCUUUCCUGCCAGAAAAAUAUGUUCUUGGUUGGAUUAGUUUACCUUCAUGAUUUUUCUCUUGCUUUUAUUUAUAUUGAAACCAAGCUGUGCUGAAAUGGUGGCUACGUCUUUUCUCUUUUCCUGUAUUUGUUGCUGGUUGUGGGACAGAAGUGCAAUGUGUCUGCAAAGUCUAAAUCAUUCAAUUGUUCCCUGAGUGUCCACCUUAUCCCAUUCCUGUUUUUGUCUGUGGAUUUUUUCAUUAUCCAGUCAAUGGCAAGGAUGAAUAGAAGUGGGGACAAGAGGCAUCCUUGUCUGACUCCUGUUGCGACUGCAAAGGAAUCUGUGAGUCUACCUUCGUGGACCACCCUGCAUGUCAUUUCUUCAUAAGACCUCUGAAUAAUCCUGACUAGUUUCCCUAGUAUUCCUUAGUGCCGAAGAAGUUUCCACAAGGUUUGUUAUGGAACGCAUUUUAAUAGUCUACAACAUUUAAAUAUAGCGUUUCAUUCGAUUGAGUGUUCUACGAUGAUUCUUAGUGUUGCAGGUUGAUCUGUUCAUGAUCGGUUUUGACAGAAGACAUCCUGUUGAUAUCAUUGCUGCAUGUCGACCUGGUCUCUCAUUCUAUUCAAAAUAAUUCUGUUAAGACCUUUCUUGGUAGAGACAGCAGUGUGAUUCCUCUGUAAUUUGCACAGUUGCUGAGAUCCCCUUUCUUUGGUAGCUUGAUGAGGUGUCCUUCUUUCCAAUCAUUUGGAACUGUCUCUUCUUGCAAUACCUUUUCAAACAGAGGGUGCAGCCUGAUGCAUAUUGUAUCUCUAUCAGCUCUUAUCAUCUCUGCUGUGAUGUUAUCCGGUCCCGAUGAUUUCCCUUUUUUGAUCUGCUUGAUGGCCAGAGCUGUUUCUUCCUUAUUUGGUGCGCUUUCUUCUAUUUGUAAGUCAUCUUUUGCUGGUUGUAUGUCUGGUGUGUCUGUGGGUUGGGGUCUGUUUAAUAGUUCCUUAAAGUAUUCCAUCCAUCUUUUCUGUUGCUCUUACCCACCAAUAGACCGUUACAAUUUCAGUCAGGAUAGACCUGACAUAAACAUUGUUUUCGCUAUGCCUCGCUUGAUCAGUUUUCUCCAUGGCUUCCCUAUUAUUGUCUAUAUUAAAGGUCCAGUAUGUAUAGUUCGUAUUUUAUCCAUUAACCCAUUCACAGCGGUCUACCAGGCGCAUUUAUAGCAAAACCUUUCACUAAGCACAAUGACUUUCCCCAAGGUGCUCGUAAUCAUGUGGGCAGUGAAUGGCACAAACGUGCUCAGCAGACGGCAACAGCAUUUUUGAGGAUCAUUAGGAAUCAGAUCAACAUAUGCAAAGUUAGAUAGACAAGUCUAUUUCUCAUAAGAUUUGAAUUCCAAAACUCCUUUCAAUUCUAAUAUAAUGGUUUUUUUAAUGUCAUUUUUCUGUUUUUCGUUUUGCUCAAUGUUAUGUGAAGCGUCAUGAGCCUAGCCCUUGGGUACCGUGCUAUAUAAGACCACAUUAAUAAUAAUAAUAAUAAUAACCUUUUGCGGAUAUUAUCAACAAUCAUUUUCUGCGGAACACACGACAUGGCACUUCGUGGUAAAAAUAGUGACAGUGGAAAUUGAUCAUGAUCUGUUUUAGUUUAGAAAGGAGUGUAAGACCUGGAGACACAUUUUCAGACGUCCGUUGGUAAUGGUCGUUAUACUUCUCAUAGAGAUCCCAAAUCGAAUUAUAUACAUGUGAUGGCGUCAUUGAGAUAUGUGAUGGCGUAAUUGAGAUAUGGGAUGACGUCAUAGAGAAAUGUGAUGGUGUCAUAGAGAGAUUUGAAGGCGUCAUAGAGAAAUGUGAUGGCGUAAUAGAGAAAUGUGAUGGCGUCGUAGGGACAUGUGAGGAAGUAAUAAAGAAACAACUUCUUACAUCAAAAAGGAAUACUUUAAGAUUCUCAAUGUUAGCCAAUACAACUGCUGAGAUACCACGAUACCAAUGUCGUUGGCGGUACGCUCUGUAGACAACGUAGAUAAUGCAUGUAUAACUCGUGAAGAAUGUAUCAGAUUCCAAACACUGGAGCUACAAUUACAGAUGCUAUUAUGAAUCAAUGCAUUCAAUAUAAUAUGGGCAUGGCAAAAUUACUUGGACAAUGAUAUCAAUGUUUAAAGCGCCAAGAUUCUCACCAGCUAUUGUGUUCAUGUUCAGUUCUCGUAAGUCUGUGCUCUAGUUCUCUCUCGUCUUGGCUAUUGUAACUCUCUUCUAUCAGGUUCACCAAAACAUUUCUUAGAAAAGUUACAAAAGGUUCAUAACUCAGCCGCUAUUCUAAUUCUUAAGGCAAGAAAACGUGAUCACCUCACUCCAUUACUCCACUCACUUCAUUGGCUCCCUCUGCAAGCAUGGAUUGACUACAAACUCUCUCUUCUCUACCACAACUUUUUCUCGACUUCCUCUCCUUCCUAUCUAAAAAAACUUAUCUCUGUCUAUGCACCCCCUCGACAGCUUCACUCCUCUUCAGGCUCGCGUAUUCUUUCUGUCCCCAAGACUCGCACUAAACUUACUACGAACGAUCGUUCUCUCUCUGUGCCCCCCAACAAUGGAAUUCUCUUCCACUACACACCCACAAUAUUCGACCAUCACAUUCUUCCAAACUGCACUCAAAACACAUCUCUUUAGAAUCUACUAUCGUGACUGAUCCCCCUACUCCGCCGACCAAUAAACGAUGCUGCUGGGCGCUGUUCAUGGCUUGACAUGUAAAUAGUUCUGGAAUGUGUGGAGUGAAUAUACAUUUGUUGUUUUUUUUUAAAUUAAUGUAUGUUAAUUUUUAAGUUCAUGAUUAUGUUUGUUUAAUUGUAUGUAUAGUUGUGAUCCCAGCCCUAGGCUGGUGUAACGCGCUAUAAAAAAAAACCCAAUAAUAAUAAACAUAAUAAUUAUCUCUACAUACUCAUUGAUACUGGAACCAGUAACUCAAUCAUUGCAAGCCCUACAGCCGGAUUUGAUAAGUGUACAUAAACAUAUUUGUAAAUAAACCGACAUUUCCUUGAACAUCGUCAGAGAGUUGAAACCCAGUUUAUGACAAAUAUUUAUGGAAAAGUCUCGGCUCUUGCAGCUUUUAAAAAUGUUUAUCAAAAAUACAUUUUAUUUUUACGGUCUACUGAAACACGUCACAAAUACAAAGCAUAUAACACAAGCUACACAAUUAAUCUCACACCCAAAACACGCGAAAUUGGAAUAAAUUAAUUACAUUUCAUUAAUCUUCCCCUCAAAAAAAGUAAAAACUUAUUUUCGUUUUUUUUUUUUUGGCUUAAAAUUUUAAAGAUUGUGUUGUCAUCGGCAACGAGUCUAUGUGCCAAGUUUCAGUGACCUCAAGUGGGUCAAUUAGCCACUCCAAGACUUUGUCUUAAACCCACGAACAAAGCGAAGUGAAUAUGUAGGAUUUAAAAAUUAAUUUUAGUUUUGACAUAUUUGGUUAAGCAUUUUGGACAUCUGAAUGCACAAAAUUAAUCCCAGAUUCUGAUUACGAUUGCAGCAAUAAACGAUUUCUGCUCGGAUUAUCUUUCUUGUAAUACAGUCCAGAAACCCGCCUCCUGUUACAACCUUCUCUGGAACAGCCAUCGUCAUAUCUUUGGAUGGGCUUAGGAAGAUGGGGGUAGAGGAAGUUGCACAUUUUUGAGGGAAGAGAAUGGGAGUCCUCAGCAUAAAUUAAACAUGGCUUAUUGUUGUGGUGCAAAUUUUGUGGUCUUGGUAGGGGAUUGGAGGCAAAAUAAAGGACAACCACUGGGGCUCACUCAUCUGUGUUUUUUUUUAAAUGAUAAAUUUUGUCAAAUGAAGUUUAUUAAUUUAGGUAAACAGACAUCAACAUGGAAGUAGUGGUAGUCCAAUGAGAAUUGAGCUGCAACAAUGAAAUCAUAGUAAAUCGGUCAUUGGUAUAAAGCUUCUUUUUGCCGAUCCAUCUGGUAUGGUCCUAUUAUGUCUGAGUGAGUGGGUUGUCCAUCAUUGGCUUAAUCGGUGGGUGCAACCUCACGUCAGUGGGUCAUUUGGUUUUAGUGCCUAGACUCUUUGUGCUUUUAUAGACACUUAGACAUAUAGUUAGCAUAAUAAACAGUGGUCAAUUCAUAUGGGAAAAAAUUAAGAAUGCAUCCAAGAUCCCCUUCCCAUCUUUUCCCAAAACUAAUAAGUAUGUAGUACAAUGCAUAAAAAAGUACAUGGACAAUGUUUUCAUAUGUUCCUGCCGGACUCAAGCCCUGAUCAUGACCAUUGUAUUAAAAUGUUAAAACCCACGUUUCAUUUUUUUUAUUCUAUAGGCUUUAGUCAAUACCGACUAAGUCAAUUUCAACUUGUCAGCUUUGAUAUCAACUCAAGUCCACUGUUUACUUAUCAUGACAAAAAUACUAUACAACGGGUGUAUAGAGUGAGAGAUUAUGAGAUUGGUGACAACAUUUCAUCUGUCACAAUUACAGCAAACAACGUGGAAAAGAUUCUCACUUUGUGUGAAGUUGAAAUUUAUGGAGGUGAGUUCAAGCAGAGAUGAGAGUAAAAAGAAUUACUGUUAUUACGCUUUCAUUUUCAACUGUAACUUAUUUUGAUAUUUGAUCUUUAAGUGAUUCUCAUUGUUAUUAUGAGAUAUUGUAAGUAAAUUAUGGGUAAGUCUAUAAGUUAUUGUUUUGGCAAUGCUAUGAGAUGGAGUUUAAGCGGCAAUAAACAAGUGACCAAGAUCAUUAGAGUAUUGCACUAAUCUUUUUAACAUCAAAAUACAAAAUUAACCAUAAAGUUAUGGACUCAGUGCUGCAGUGCUUUGCAUCACAAAAGUGUCUUUAGUUUCUCUAAACGAGAUCUUAUUUUGAAUGAGAUUUCGGUACUAAUUUAAAACUAUUUGUUUCUUUUCUUUUUAUUAAUUCAUUUAACUACACCUUUAGUUAUAUCAGUGUUUCUCAAACUGGAGUCCGCGAUCCCGGAGGGGACCGAGAAGCGUUUUUGGGUGGGAGGGGUCGUGAAGGUGUCAUUACGAAAUCAAUUUUGUGUUUUUAUUAGUUUUGCUGCAUGGUAGCUAUGUCCCAUGACACUUUAUAUAAUCACUAAAAAUUUUGAGAACCUCUAGUAAAGUGCGGUGUUAUAGGCACAUUUAUUUUACAGAAUCCAGCAGAGAGUGCGUCGUUUUUUGAGACCACUGUCAACGAAAGAUUUCUGAGAACACAGUACCAGAAAUCUUUUGCACAUGGUGAAGCGUAAACAAUCUGAGGAGUCAUUGCAGUUAGCACCUAUCUCUCAGAUUUCCAACAGCCGGCCUUUCAAUUCUUAGAAUUUGAGAGAUAAACUUUGACCUAACCAGGGGAUUGCUCAUAGGGGUGUGUGGAGUUUACCUCUCCAAACUCUCGUCGUGCCACCGUAAUUUCUACGGUCCUCUGCCUGAGAGAGAUUGUGUGUAAAAACUUUCGCCAUUCUUUUUAUGCCUAGCUGCUGAUUUCUUUUCAACUGUUUUUUUUUUUUUUUACUUUGUAAAUUUUUUUUUUAAAUAAAGCUAGUUAUACUUUGAAUUUUCUAUUAUUUUUUUUAUUUGGCCGAUUUAAUCCAGUUUUUUUUUGUUUUAAAAUUUUUAGCUUUUUUUUUUGAUUGUGUGUAAAAACUUUCGCCAUUCUUUUUAUGCCUAGCUGCUGAUUUCUUUUCAACUGUUUUUUUUUUUUUUACUUUGUAAAUUUUUUUUCUAAAUAAAGCUAGUUAUACUUUGAAUGUUCUAUUAUCUUAUUUAAUUGGCCGAUUAAAUCCAGUUUUUGAUUGUUUUAAAAUAUUUAGCAUUUUUUUUAAUAUUGUAAUAUUAACCUCCAAAUAUUUUAAUUAUAUAAGUCGUUUCAUAUUUGAAAUUUGGUUUUACUGUAAUA